CUGAGAUUCUAAUUCUAGAUCAAUAAGAUCUAAAUAAUAUUAGACUUAAUUAGAAUAUAUUUAGUUUUAAGGAUAUAGAUCUAGAUCUAGAAAGAUCUACUUCUAGAUCUAGAUCAAUAAAUAUCAAUUUUUAACAAAAGUUUGGUUAUUUGUUAGAGUAGCACAACAGAUAUUUCUAAUGGUCAAAAAAAUUGGUGUGACUGCAGAUUUGAAUAUAAACUUUUAACAACAUGGGCAUAACUGGACUUUGGUCUCUGUUAAGUCCUAUUAAAACAAAUGUUUGUCUUACUGAAUGUGAAGGUAAAAUAUUGGCUGUUGAUCUUAGCGCUUGGAUUGUACAGCUGCAAACAACAUCAUCUUCAGCAGCUGUAUCUGAACGUUAUCUAUGUCACAGGGGAAUAUUUUUCAAAACAUUAAAGCUUUUAUCACUUGGUAUAUCACUGAUUUUUGUCAUGGAUGGACCUGUGCCUCCACAGAUGAAGAGAAAUAGAAAAACCAGAGAUUUUUUCUACCAGUCAUCUCUGCAGUACAAAGAACUGCUGCUUGCAAUGGGCCUUCCAGUAAUAGAGUCUGUUGGAGAGGCUGAGAAACUUUGUGCCGAUCUGAACAGAAAAAAGAUUGUAGAUGGCAUUAUAACUGAUGAUGGAGAUGUCUUUGUAUAUGGCGGAGAAAUUGUCUACAGAGGUGUUUUCUCUAAAAAGGAGAGAUUUGCAGAAAAGUAUCAAAUGAGAGAUAUAACAUCCUCACUCAAACUCACCCAUAGAGAUUUGGUUGUUUAUGCUUUGAUGAACCAUGGAGAUUUAACUGAUGGUGUCCCAAAUGUGGGAGAGAAGACAUUUAUUAAAUUGAUGGAAGAAUUUAAAACCAAUCAAUUUGAAGAUGCUUUGGAAAGAAUUCAGUUGUGGAAAAACAGUCAAGAAUUGUCAAAUCUAGAGACUAAAAAACUAGAAUUGUUGAAUAUGAAAACAAAACAUUGUACUAGAUGUCAGCAUGAAGGCUCUAAACAGUUACAUGCAAAGCAAGGAUGUCUUUGUUGCCAAACAGCUGAGACCUGUGUGGAAGUGAACAAAAAAGCAGACCACAACUCCUACCCUUUAUGCUCUUGUCAGCAACAUUGUCUUGAGAGACACAUUUUUCCAUACACAACUGAGAUGAAAAUACGGAGUUCUGCUUUACAAUCUGAUUCAUAUUUUCCAAACCAGGAAAUCAUUAAAGAGUACUUGGAGAAUGAGAACAGUUUUGAUGAUCCAAAGAUUCAAGUUUCUUGGCCAAAUUUUCCAAAGCUUUUUGAUAUUUUAGGGACUAUAAUAAAAUUAACACCUUCAGAGAUGAUGAAUCAUAUUUUGCCUGCAUACAUAAAACUAGCAUUGUGUGGAAUUGUGCCCAUGCACUAUGCAGUUCCUCUUGGAAUUCUCAACUCAUGCACAGAGUCAACAGAAAAAUGCUUUCAAGUCAAAUGGAAAAUUUCUGAUUUAGAUGAAUAUAUUGCUGUUGAAGAUAAAUGUUAUGUUCUGUCCAUACCUAAGCAUAUGUUUAUGCAGAGGUAUCCAGACAUGGCAAAAACAUUCACAAAUCCUAAUGAAUUGAAGAGAAAACAUGAUCCUCCAGCAAACCAAAGAAAGAUCAGCGAAUUCUUUAAAGCCAAAAAAUAGUUAACAAUCAAAUAGAUGGAAAACAUCUAAUAGGACCAAAAAGAAUGAUACCAACCAAGCACAAGUUGUGUUCUGUAAUUCAUUUUGUUUUAUCUUUCAGAAAUGUAAUAUAUUUCUUAUUGUUUGGUAUUGAUAUUCUUUUAUUUACAGCAAGGCUGUAUGUAAAAUAUUGCUAUUUGAUAAAAAAUAUAUUUUUUAAUUUUUAUACAUUUUGAAUGUACAUUAUACAGCAUUCUAUUAAUAGUUCAUACACCAUUCUAUUAAUAGUUCAUACAUAACAUUUCAGUGUUUCUUUUUAGCAUUUCUUCUAAUUUUUAAAGCAAAAAAAAAAAACAAGCAAAAAACAACAGUUCCUCUCAUUUAGCAAAACAUAACUUAUGUUGUAAUUCUGUGUUUUUAUUUUUGUAUCUUGUGAUAUCUUAUUUAUAUGAUACUAAGAAAAUAGUUAUCCAAAAUUAUUUUUAUAUGUGCUUGAUAAAAAAAAAAUUCUUAUUACAGUAAGUAAUUUAAUAAUAUGUUGCUGUAAUUUUUCUGAUCUUGUUUCUAGAUUUGAUAGUGCUUUACAAAAAACAUUUUUCCUCCACAAAAUAUUUUUUAGCAAGUGGAAUUUAAAAUAAUACUUAUUGAGAAAUAAAGAAGAAAUAAAAUUUGGUAAAUAAAGUUUUAAUAUACUCUUACUUUGAGAAAUAACUCUUACUAAUCAUUAUUUAUAGUUUGUCUUUACAUAGUAAUUUAAUCAUGCUAAUUCUUUUUUCAUAUUGUACUAAAUAAAAAAUGUAUAAAAAAAAUUUUUUGAAUUACAUACCGUACCAAAAAAAAUUUUUAAAAAUCUAAUUUGUUGUACAGAGUAGAUUUAUAUAUGUGCAUUUAACAGCACUGAAUAUUAUCUUUUUUUUUAAAUACAAUUUCUUUAGGAAAUUUUAGUUUUAUUUCCUCUGCUCUAUGGCUUUUGUGAUAUUACAUAAAACUUGCUAAGUUAUAUUUUUGACAAAUCAUAUCCCGGUACUUAUGAUGUAUGAUGUAAUUUUUUUUCAUGUGCUUUUUCUAUUACCAGGUACCUGAAAAGAUGUUUACAGACCUAUGAUUAAAUAAUUAUUGAAAGAUUGUUACAAUAUUACAUGGGUCUCUUUGCAUGUUUUUUGUUUUGUUACGUAAGUAAAAGUCACAGAUUUCAAAACAUGGCAUUUUAUAAGGGAUCAAAGCCGUUUCACAUGUACAUUUAAAAACAAAAUUAUAGCUCUAUUACACAAUACAUUUUUAUGCUGUAUAUUUCAGUGUUGUUUUCAUUCUUUACAGCUAAUCUGUUCAAUUUUGUUACAGGUUUUAUUGUUACAUCUUUACAUUUUGUUUUGUCCUUGUUGCAUGAAUCCUUUAAAAAUAUCUGAUAGUUACAAUAAUAGUGAUAAUAUCUUUGUUAUCCAUGAGGAAAUAUGUCUUACAAUUUGUGCAUCGCACAUAACAAAACAUCAUAACUCUAGCCAAAGAAAUAUACACAUCAGUUUCACUCAAGCAUUACAUCUGAAAUUUCUAAUUCUAUUUAAUGAUUUCAUUGCUAUGGGAACCAAAGAGUUCUUGCAUGUUUUUUGUGAUGAUUUAAUAUCCCCUUUGUAAUAAUAAAAUGUUAACAUUGUUA